AUGGGCUCACACUCGCGGUCGGACGAGCGCGACUCGAAGAAACACUCUCGCUCUUCUCAACGCGACGACCGGGACUCGAAGCGGCAUCGCUCGAGCAGGGACGAGGGGAGCAGCAGGGACAAGGACCGGCACAAGAGCAGCAGCAGCAGUAGUCGCUCGCACCGCGACCGCGACCGCGAACGGAGCAGUCACUCGUCCUCCUCGAAGCGAAGGCAUGACGUCUCGAAGGGCGAAGAGGACGACGAAAACGAGUGGGUGGAGAAGGCGCCGUCUCCCGGAGCGCAGCAGCAGAAGGAUGGACAGCCACGGCCGCCAGUCGACACUGUCGGCACUUUCGAGGUCGGCUCGAUGCCCACCGCUGCUGGCUUGAGGCGUCUCGAGGGCGAAGACAUGACGGACGGCUUUGGCGAGGGCGACGUUGGCGGCAGCUCGAGCAGAGGCGGAGGUCUGUUUGGCUUGCCCGGCGACGGGACGGAGGGACAGGACGAGGCGGACUUCUUUGGCUCGUUCGGGACGGAGAGGCGCAGGAAGGAACCGAAGGAAAAGGUCGACCCGACGCAAAUGAUGGGCCAGUCGUCUCGUGAGUUGAACAAGGCCUACUGGCAAGGCGCGCCCAACCCCGCCACCGCUUCUUCCGCCGCGGCUGCUCCCCCGACUCCUUCAACCGGCUCUCCCGCACCAGGCUCGUCCGGCUCGGCAUGGCGCAUGACCAAGCUUCGCCGGACAUACGAAGCUGCGGAGGAGGAAGGGCGGCCGAUCGAGGAGGUUGCGCUCGAGCGGUACGGCUCGCUUGAGGCUUUUGAGGAGGCGAAGGAGGAGCGACGAGUAUUGGACGAGCGCGGUGAUAGGCGGAAGAGUCGACGCGAGAGCGGGUUUGGCGGAGGUCCGCCUCGAGACGGUGCGAGGACGCCCACAGGCAUGGCGGCAGAUGGUGGAGGUCGGCGAUUCGUCUUUACCGAGAUGGACGCCGCAGGAGAUGGCUCUCGUCCUUCGUCGCGGCAGUCCUUCCGACGACCUGGCGAAGCGCCGCCUGGUAUCGCCCGAUCCAGCUCGACCUCGUCAGUUGCUGGCGCAACUUCCGGUUCUCGCGGUUCGACGCCCAUCCCGUCCGUCCUCACUCCGCCCGUCGCGCGCCGCAUGCCCUCCGCCCUCUCGCAGUCAACGCUGGUCAACCCCGAUCCGACCUCGACUGGUCCUGCCGUCUCGUCGAACUCCUCUGCGCCUCUCGGUUCUACCAAGCCUGUCCUCUCGCAGUCGGAGCUCAACAAGCUCCAAGCUCGUGUCUUGAAGGCCAAGUUGAUGGAGUCGGACGACGCAGCGGACCUCGAAGCGGAGUACGAGCGCGAGCUGAAGCGCUCGAUGGACGCUGGGCCUGCGGUAGCCGAAAAAGAAGGGAUGGAGCAGACGCUUGGUGGUAGUCGGGCGCAGGGUGAGGACGUCCAGGUGUUGCCGACUGUUGAUGGUCGAGGAAGGAUGUACGAUGUUGGUGUUGGGACGGCCAUGGCGGAUAAGCAUGAGGAGGAGCGGAAGGCAAAGGGCCGACGCGCGAAGAAGGAGAUGGCCUUCCAAUCGCACGACCCGCAGACGGGCGAAGUCAUACGCAACAAUGCCGACGACGACGCCCUCUCGCUGCAAGACCUCGUCCGGCAAGAACGCUUUUCGGGCGGCCAAGACGACGCUCGCGCGCUCGACGCAUCGUUCGCGAAUCGGAUCGCGACCGACGCGCGGUUCACGAUGGACCUCGACUAUAUCGACGAGAAUGCGGAGAAGCUUGCGAGGGCCAAGAUGAAGAGCGAGGCGAUGAAGCGGCAGUUUGCGAUCAACGACUAUGCGCGGACGAAGAAGGCACUCGACUCCUGUACGAUGUGCUACUCGGACGAAGGCGCUCCGCCGAAAGCCCCCGUCGUCGCGCUCGGCACACGCGUUUACCUCGCCCUGAUGGAGAAUGAGGAACUCGUGCCGGGUCACUGCCGCAUUGUGCCGGUCCAGCACUAUCUCAGCUGCUUGGAGAUUGAUGAGGAGGAGGGAUGGGAUGAGAUCAAGAACUUCAUGAAGACACUCAUGCAGAUGUUUGCCGCGCAAGACAAGGGCGUCGUCUUCUUCGAGACGAUCAUCAACCACAAGCAGCAGCGACACGGCUACAUCGAAGCGAUCCCCGUCUCGUUCGACCUCUUCGACCAGCUGCCAAUCUACUUCCAGGAAGCCAUCUCGACGUCCGAGAGCGAGUGGUCGCAGCACAAGAAGCUCAUCACCUUCACGCCGGCCCGCCCCUUCCGCCGCUCGCUCGUCCCGAAUCUGCCUUACUUUGCCGUCCAGUUCGACUACAAAGGCGAGAAGGGGUACGGCCACGUCAUUGAGGGCGUUGACGAUGCGCCAGACCGCGAUCUGGACGGCGAGGAGCGGAGGGGAGACUUGGGCGACAAGGGCGGCGGCGAGUUCCCUCGCUACUUCGCGCAGGAGAUCAUCGGCAACCUCCUCUCGCUCGAACCGCGCAAGUGGCGCAAACCUCGCCGCCUCGACCGACGGGACAACCCGAAGCGCAUUGCCGACUUCCGCAAGAUGUACGACGCGUACGACUGGACCAAGAUGCUGCCGGGCGGUUCGGGAGGGCCACAGUGA